CAUCAUGACUUUGGAACAAGGGAACAGAUGGGCAGGCUCACUUGCAAAAGUGUCUGCUUUAGCCUUGAUGGUUUCUUCAGUAGCAGCUGACAUUAUGCCAGGAACAGCAAGUGCUUCAAAUAGCUCUCUUUUGUGGGGCACAUAUCGUCCUAACCUUUAUUUCGGCACGAGACCGCGUCUUCCCGAGUCUUUGAUGACUGGUUUGAUGUGGUUUGAUGCUAACAACUUUCAGGGCUUUCAGCGUAUAAGACAUGCAUGCGACCAAAAUGAUGGUAUUGCUGGUUAUGGCUAUCAUAAGCACGAUGGUAGAGAAUAUGCAUCUCAAGAAAUCAAUGAUGCUCCUAGCAAUAUUAAGCUGAGUACAGAAUUCAUUAAAGUACCUAGUGGGAAGCAUGGUGGUGAUUGGGGUGUUCGCGUUAGUGGAACACCUUUAAAUGGGUUUGAUACAACUACUUCUGUUAUUUUCUAUUUUGGUAUUGAAGGUGCAGGCGGAAUUGACAUUAUGAGUAAAAUGUCGAAAAAGGGCCUUGAGUCGCCUAUUCGACUCGAGGGAGAUACUCCUGAUUUAGGAGACUUUGAAAUUCAGAUUAUAGAUAAUCCCUUGAACACAUAUCCACAAGAAGGACUAGAUCAAGACCUCAAGCGUACUCAAUGGUUAGGAAGAGAAGUGCCCGAAGGUCAAAUCUGGAGAGCAAAAGAUGUUGUGAUGGAGAAUAUCGUUUUAGGUGCUCGUGGACGUCUUGCUCAUGGAACCCAAGAAGAAGCAAUGCAAAAACCUUUCAAAUACUUUACUUUGAGCAACAAGUUAGUCGAAGAAGAAGGUCAAGUAGCUAAUUUCUAUGUCUUUCAAAAAGUUUUAAAAGGCGAAUUUCAGUUUGAUGUCAUUUUCCGUUCUCAGAGUUCAAGCAAGCCCUUGACGAGUGAAUCAUUAAGCUCGGGAUUAAUUGAAAAGGAAAAGGCUUUCCAUGAUAGAUUUGAAAAGACAUUUCAUUUAAAAGAAAAAGGGUUCUCUUCAGAUGAAGUUGAAUUUGCUCAAUACUUGUUGAGUAACAUGCUUGGUGGCAUUGGUUAUUUCCAUGGCUCAUCUGUAAUUGACCGUUCUCAUCCUCCUAUGCAAGACGAAGAAAGCUUCAAGGGAGAACCUGCUCGACCAGAAUUCUCUCCUCCCCAGACUUUAUUCACUGCUACUCCCAGUCGUUCUUUCUUCCCUCGUGGAUUCUACUGGGAUGAAGGUUUCCAUCAACUGUUGAUUGGACAAUGGGACAAUGAUCUUAGCCUUGAUAUUAUCAAGCAUUGGACUUCUAUGAUAGAUGAGAAUGGCUGGGUUGCUCGUGAACAAAUCCUCGGUGAAGAAGCACGUAGUAAAGUGCCUGCCGAGUUCCAGACCCAAUUCCAUCACUAUGCUAACCCACCUACUUUGUAUCUCUCUAUCAAACGUUACAUUGACCGUCUAGAGAAACACCAACAAGACAGAACUCUGUUUGAUAAUCAACAGGUUCGUAUGGGAACCUUGGACGAUACAGACAUGUUAACCAACUUGCACCUGGAUCAUGCUGAACUUGCAGAUGGAUGGCUCAAGUUGAUAUACCCUAAACUUCGUCAAAACUGGCUUUGGUUCCGAAACACACAGUUUGGCUACAUUGACCGUUUCGGUCGUAAGGCACCUAACAAAGAAGCAUAUCGCUGGCGAGGUCGAACACUUAACCAUACUUUGACUUCUGGCUUGGAUGAUUAUCCUCGUGGUGAACCCAGUGUGGGUGAGCUUCAUUUAGAUCUUCAUUCAUGGAUGGCCUUUGGUACAGGUCUACUUAGAGACAUUGCCUCUAAACUGGGACCUGAGUUUGCUGGCGAUUUUGAAGAAUAUGAUCGAGUUCAAAAAGACAUGUUAGUUAACUUGGACGCACUUCAUUGGAAUGAAGAAAAGAAUAUGUAUUGCGACCAAUCCCUUCAAGAUAAUCAACCUGUAUUCAUCUGUCAUAAAGGCUAUCUUUCCUUGUUUCCGAUGAUCCUCAACCUUUUGCCUAUUGAUUCUCCCAAGUUGGGUGCUAUUCUCGACAUGAUUGAAGAUGAAAAGGAAUUAUGGUCUCCCUAUGGUCUCCGCUCCUUGUCUGCAUCGGAUGAAUUCUUUGGUACCGCCGAGAAUUAUUGGCGAGGUCCUAUUUGGCUCCCAAUUAAUUAUUUGACCCUUCAAAGUUUGUACAAGAACUAUAUGCACGUCUCUGGACCUUAUCAAGCUCGCGCUCAAAAAAUCUAUAGUAAAUUAAGAGACAACAUUAUUCGUAAUGUCUAUAGAGAUUACAAAGAAACUGGUUAUGUGUGGGAGCAGUAUUCUGAAAGUACUGGUCAAGGUUUACGUAGCCAUCCCUUUACAGGCUGGACAAGUUUAGUUUUGCUUAUUAUGGCUGAAGAAUAUUAAAAUGAAAGGAGAUGCAUAAAUACAUUCUUUUAAAGAGUAUUGAUUCAUAUCAAUGCAAACGAGUUUGUGUCGUACAUACUUUAAUGAUCAUAACAUUAUGCAAUCUUAGCCGCGGCAAGUGAAAAAAAAAUAGAAACACAAUAACAAUCAUCUUUUCCAUUGAUCUUGAUACCGCAAACACAAACAUAAAAGGGGGAUUGAAUAAUAUAAAAAGGAGGGUGGGGGGCUUAUUUUGAUGUGUUUGUAUAUCAAAGCCGCACAUCAUUUACACCAUCAUAUCACUAUGCUGAAACUGAAUUGUCCAAAUAGUAUUUUUAACGAUUGGCUAGACUUUUAAAUUAUUUAUAACCGAAUUUGCCCCUAAAAAAACUUAUUUUGUUACUCAGCCUAUAUUUUUUCUGUU